AUGAACAAAUCCUUGUACAACACACACAUGUAUGCAUUUCCCACACCUCCAUUUCCAACCCCCGCAGCCACCACACGCACACAUGCAUUUCCCACACCUCCAUUUCCAACCCCCGCAGCCACCACACGCACACAUGCAUUUCCCACACCUCCAUUUCCAACCCCCGCAGCCACCACACGCACACAUGCAUUUCCCACACCUCCAACAUCAAUCCCCGCAGCCACCACUCGCACACAUGCAUUUCCCAAGCCUCCAACACCAAUCCCCGCAGCCACCACUCGCACACAUGCAUUUCCCAAGCCUCCAACACCAAUCCCCGCAGCCACCACUCGCACUCAUGCAUUUCCCACGCCUCCAACACCAAUCCCCGCAGCCACCACUCGCACUCAUGCAUUUCCCACGCCUCCAACAAUAACCCUCGAAACCACAACUCAAGCGCUCAUUACCCACGCCGUCUGCUUUACUCACUCCAUCCCUGCCUAA